GUCCUUGGCCGUGCUGAGCAGGUCAGUCAGGGGGUGGAGUGCAGACGCAGUGAUAAAGGGAGCCUGCCGAGAUGUGAGCGGUACAGAUCUCAGGAGAGGAUCGGGAUAGUUCCAGAGAACUCAAAGACAUCAUGGCAGCACACAGACUCUGCUGGGCUGCAGUAAUUCUGCUCUGCAUCAGGAGGGUCCCCCUGUCCUGGGGGACCACGGAGGCCAGCUCUGGAACCUGCCCUGAUGUGCACAUCGUGGGGCUCAGUGGCUCGGACCGGCUGGCUGUCCUGCAGGGCUGUCCCGGGACCCCCGGAGCUCCCGGCAGGAUUGGAGAGCAGGGGCCCCCCGGGUCCAAAGGCAGCAAAGGGGACCAGGGGACUGUUGGGAAACCAGGGCCUGCUGGUUCCCAAGGCAAGCAAGGUGCGACGGGACAGAAGGGAGAACCAGGAGAAGUCCUGGGCGAGUCUUUCUUCUGCUCAGCAGGUCCGCGGAGUUGCAAGGAGCUGCUAGAGAAAGGCCAGGUCCUGAGUGGCUGGUUCACCCUCUACACAGAGGACUGCAGGAAGCUCACUGUCUUCUGUGACAUGAACACGGACGGGGGUGGCUGGCUGGUCUUCCAGAAACGUCAGGAUGGCUCAGUGGAUUUCUACCAGGACUGGAAAGCAUACCGGGAAGGAUUUGGGAACCAGCUGUCGGAAUUCUGGCUGGGAAAUGACAACAUCCACCUGCUGACCAAGACCGGCUCUCACGAGCUUCGAAUCGACCUGAAGGACUUUGAGGAUCAGGCUACCUACGCCAAAUACAGCUCCUUCCAGGUCCUGGAUGAAUCAGACAACUACAGGCUGCUGCUGGGAGCCUUCGUGGAAGGAGACGCAGGAGACUCUUUCUCUUUACAUGCUAACAUGACCUUCACCACGAAGGACUGUGAUAAUGACAAAUCAGAGUCCAGCAACUGUGCCAUCUCGUACAGCGGCGCCUGGUGGUACAAUGCUUGCCACUGGUCCAACCUCAACGGGCUCUACCUAAAGGGGGUGCACGAGACCAUUGCCAAGGGCAUCAACUGGAAAACAGGCAAGGGGUACAAAUACUCGUACCGCUACAGUGACAUGAAGAUCCGACCAGCCUGAGCGCCAGGACCCAGCCUCUCCCAUCAACUGAGCAACAGAACUCAACGUCUCCCAUCACCUGCACCUAGACCCAGCCUCUCCCAUCACCUGCAACCAGACCCAGCCUCUCCCAUCACCUGCACCCAGACCCAGCCUCUCCCAUCAGCUACACCCAGACCCAGCCUCUCCCAUCACCUGCACCCAGACCUAGCCUCUCCCAUCACCUGCACCCAGACCCAGCCUCUCCCAUCAAAUGUACCAAGUUUUAUAUGAUGAGGUAAAUCUUAUAAGAAGCUCAAUCAAGUAGACAAGCGCUCGAGUGCACUGAAGAAGGAUCUAGCCGGAACGUGUGUCAGCUUCCUAGUUAUACAUGACUGCUUUAUAUGAUCACAGUCUAUAUACAUAUAUUAUUCUCCUAUGUGUAAGACAUCAUCUUCAUCUGUUCUGUAUCAAAUCAUUUGCCAUGUAAUGGAAGGCAGUUAUAAUAAAAAUGCAAUGUGAAAAA